AUGAGCCUCCGCCUCCGGCUCUGCCUCCCGUCCGACCUGUCUCCACCUUCUCGGGAUUCCCCGAAGAACCGAGUUUCUAGUCUCCGUCGGCGGACGUCCACACCGUUGAGAUAUUUCUCGGCCUCCUCCAUCCUUUCUCGUCCAGUCUCAAGUAGCCGUCGGUGGCACUAGCGGUGGACGGAGGAGUGGAGGACGGAGGCGGUUAGACACGCUGUGAGAAGACCAGAUCUAGAGGGAUCUGUUCCUGGCGUUACAGUGACUCUGAAUACCGAAAAGUUUGAGCCUCGGAGUGGAACGAGCUUGAGCUUAAGAUCUCUCAGGAUGUUGAUGAAGCUCAUGUAUGAUACUUUCAGUGCAUUUGGUGUGAUUGCUUAUGAUCCUAAGAUUUCGGUUGUAUCAGCUAUGACUCCUUUGAGGCAUCUGAGGCUGCUAUUGAGGCAAUAUCUCUGUAAUCGUCAAAUGACAGUCUCUAACGCAUACAAGAAAGACACCAAAGGAGAGCGUCACGAGAGACUACUGGCUGCCUCAAAUCCAAGUUCCCAGAAAAGCAGACCCCAUUUGGUCGAAAGGUCCAAGAAAUCCUCUGCAGGUUUUGUGAUGAGAGCUGCUUCAGUCAUUCAUGCGAAUCGAAAGAGAGAUGGUGAUAAAGACGUGAUCGCAACAAUAUGCAUGCAAGAUUACACAGAAGCUGCCACAGUUGUGUUUCUAUUCUGCGUUGCAGAUGGAAGCUUUGCUAAAGCCAAGCCCUUUUCUUAG